AUGGCUAUUCAUCGCCAGUUUACAGCUCGUGACAGUGCCUCCGUCAAUGAUGCACCAAUUCACUCUGAUCGAGCUGCAAGCAACAUAUACACGGGCUUCAACUAUGGCGCAUUUUGGGGCGUAGAAACUAAUGUGAAAAAGAAGGCCGACUUUUUCGACGGCUUCGACUUGGCCAAAAACCUAACAACCGACAUACCAUUUGACAGUGCGCGGCUGUUCACUUGCAAAACUGCUGGAACAGUAGACGAACCAACAGAAGCAUUUGACGCUGCCGUGGAAUCAAAUACUACCCUCUUGUUGGGCUUCUGGAUAACACCAUCACGAAGCGGAGACUCGCCUGACAAAAACGUCAAGAAUGAAAUGGCAGCACUCGAGAAAGGGUUCAAAAAGCAUGGCCAAGCACUUUCAGACCUCAUCAUUGGACUCUCCAUAGGAAGCGAGGACAUCUAUCGCGCCGACGAAGCUGGUGAGCUAGGCCUCACAACAGAGGUUGUUGGGCAGACCAUUGCCAAAGUCAAGGAGAGUAUUGCUGCGUCAUCAUUUGUCGAAUACAUGGAAAACAAGCCCAUCGGGCAUGUAGAUACUGCCAAAUACUCCGUCGUAGAUAAUGCUGACUUUACCCAUACUGGACAGCAGGCAGGCAACAGGCCAGUAUGGAUCGCAGAAAUGGGCUGGCCAUCAACCGAUACAGAGCAACAUGGUGCAGCAGUUGCAGGAAUUGACGAACUAGAGAAGUUCUGGACCGAAGUUGGAUGCGUCGUUUUUAGCAAGUACACGACCUUUUGGUAUGAGCUACUGAAAGACUCUACGCCUGACCAGAAAGCCGACUGGGGCCUGAUCGAUACGCUUUCGCACAAGCCUCGCAUCGAGGAUCUCAGCUGCGGAGCCCCAAAGCCAAGUCUUCCAGCUGCCCUUUCAGCAAAUUCGCAAUUUACACUGCAGUCUUCUUUGUUAGGAUCAAACAGGCUAAGUGGCUUUAAGGUGCCUGUUCCCUCAACUACGUUAUCAUCAUCUAAGAUACAGCCAAGUCUCGGCAUUUCAGAAGCUACUCUAUCCAAGGUCGGUCCGAGCAUAACAUACAUGACUGUGUUCAAAACUACGAUAAUAACCUCACAGCCCAUACCUCCCGCACCAAAGAUUUGGAGCAACACGUCACUCUCAAGUAUUGCUGGAACCAAAACAAUUACACAUCAUGAAACGCAUCUUGCCACUAACAAACCUUAA